AUGUUACAAGUGAAUGCAACGGCGUUGAUUGAUGGAUUGAAGAUAGUGUGCCCGUCAACUUAUGAUUCAGAGAAUAUUUACAAGUUCAUUUGUAAUCGAGUGUUUAGACCAUGUAUCAACACGACUGGACUCAAUGGUUCGGUGCAAGCGACGGUGCCACCGGUGUUCCAGACUGAGUGCUAUGAGGACUGCGACAAUAUCCUCACCAACUGCUCAAAGAUCAUCCCAAUUAAUUUGGAUUGCAAUGAAAAGUAUGCUGGCAACACCAACGCCUUCUACUAUCCCAAAGAGAAGAACACCUUUGACAUGAGCUUCUGGGGUGGUCAAUCCGACGUGACCACUCAAUGUCUCUCACUGAGUACCAUCAACUCUGGCAACUUCACUCCUCCAGCAUUUGUUUGUCCAAAUCCACUUAUUUACAGGAACUCUACUGGCGCGGAUAAGAAGAGAGACUCAGAGAAUGGAUAUACUUUUGUUGGCGACUUGCCAUGCGUGUUCCAAUGCCCCUCACCAAUCUUUACCAAUCGCCAAUGGAACAUGUUCUUUGAUAUGAUCAGUAUAACAUCGAUCAUAUCAUUCAUGUGUACGACAUUUACGAUCUUUACCUACGUCGUCCUGAACCGUAACUACGAUCGACAUGCCAUCUGCAUCAUAUUCAUAUCAUUCGGACUCUGGUGCGUCAACUUGACCGAUCUAAUCUUCAUGGGACAAGGCUGGAAGCUCCAAUGUCCCGAGAUUGGCAGACAAGGUGUUCAAUCCGAUGCCAGCUGCGGUUGGACUGGCGCCAUCUUCCAAUUUGGUGUUGUCACCGCCAUCCUUUGGUGGUCGACCAUGGCCUUUGACCUCUGGUUGGUGUUGAGAAAGGUCAAGACUGCUAGAUCUUAUGAGAAGUACUACAUGGUCGUACUCACUUUAGUCGCUUUGUUCUUGACUGUACUGCCGGCUGGAUUCAAGAAGUACUCAGCUACUUUUGGUGGUCUAGGUUGUUGGAUUGGUGACAAUGCAUGGCUCAAUGGUGUCUUCUGGGGACCUCUGACCGUCUGUAUAUUCAUUGGUAUCCUAUUCAUUAUAUUGAUUCUUCGCGAAGUCUACAAGGUCGUCACACGAGUUGACACAGGAAAGAAGAAAUCAUUGAGAUUGGUUAGAUAUAAUUUGAAGCCAUUCUUGAUGAUCCUUGUUAUCUUUAUAGAGUUCACUUAUAUCUUCUCGUACAAGUUCUACUUGCAAGCCAAACAGGAUGAGAUCGAAGAGAAGAUGGCAAAGUGGGUUAGAUGUCUGGUGGCAUCUCCCUAUGACAGCAGCAGCAACUGUGAGCUUAACCCCGUACCCUUUGGAGCACAAUUCUUCUUCUUCUUCUUUGUGCGCUUCCUCGGCAUUGAACUACUGUUGCUAUACUGCCUCAACCGCCGUGUCAAGCUCAUCUGGAUGUCAUCAGUCUUCUUCCAGAAUCGAUUCUGGACCAUUAGCUUCUCCCACAAGACCAGUCAUGCAUCAUCCUCUGAGAAUGUCGCCGCAGCAAACAGGAGCAACAAGAAUCUUGGCGGUGGUGGCGGAGGCAAUGGUGGCGGUGGUGGCAACGCUGGGCCAUCAAGCAACUCUGGCGAAGACAAGGUCAAAUCGGCGACAGGUUCAGGAAUGUCUACAACAAGCGAGGAUGAUGAAGAGGCAGCUGGGGGUCUAGAACUGUCAAACGUAUCAAAGUCAUAA